AUGAAUAGUUGGGAGAAACAAUUUAGAGCAAAUCCCAAAAUGCCAACAUUUUCUUCUACCCUUCUUGAUGAAAUUUACCGUUCCAUCGACGAAAAAUCUGAGGAUUUGAGGGCAUACAAAGAAAAAUCCAUGAAAAAGCAAGUGGGUGGCAGGCCAAAGGCUAAAGCAAAAGUUGUAGAAGAUGAAGAAAUGGCGAGUUUCAGAAGGGCUUGUUUGGUUGAGAAGUGGAUGGAGAAGGAGGUAAAUGAGAAAGUAGUUGCUAAAAAAAGGCCAUUCUUGUUACCAGAAUUGGAGAACAAAUUGAAUCACGAGAAUGAUGUUUCGUUCUUUAGUUCGAGUUCCAAUUCUUCAGACAGUUCUGGUGCACUUUCUUCUUCCUCUGAUACAGAGUUCUUUGGAGGUUCUGUAUCAAAAUCAAGAGUUUCUUGUUUUUCUGUAACAAGGCCUAAACCGGUCCGAAGCAGCGUCUCACCUCGAAAAAAUCAUCUGUUUCAUGAACAGAAUGAGUAUGAUUUGCUUCAUGAAUAUCGAAAUCAUCAAGCGGAUAUGAUUGAUGAGAGUUUGAUCAAGUCGAAAUCGAGGGCCUUAAAGAUUUAUGACAAUUUGAAGAAGGUGAAACAGCCCAUUUCACCUGGUGGCCGCCUUACAAAUUUUAUCAACUCCCUUUUCGUGAAUGCAAAUACGAAGAAAGGAAAGAAAAAUCCUAAUACAAAAAAUGCAGUGUUUGAAGAUUCAAGCAUGGAGAGAAAAUCAAAGUCCACACAGGAUUCACCAACUUAUUCUUCAGCGUCAUCAUUAUCACGGUCAUGUUUGAGCAAAUAUUCUCCUAAAUCAAGGGAGAAAAUGCGAAAUGGCAUCAAAAGAACGGUCAGAUUUCAUCCGGUGAGUAUAAUUGUGGAUGAGGAUUGCCGCCCUUGUGGCCAUAAAUCCAUAUAUGAUGAAGAUUCUGAUAAAUUUGGGAGGCCUCAAUUGCCAUUAAACACAGUUGUUGCAGACUUAAAAGUCAGCCUAAGGGAGAAAAAUAGGAAAGCAGAAGAGGCUGCAAGAGAUUUCUCCGCGUUCAAAAAUAUUCUCGACAAUCUUGGGAAUGAUGAUGAAGAAGACGAAGAUGAUGCAACAAGUGAUUCAAGCUCGGAUUUAUUCGAACUCGAUCACUUGUCAUUGUUUGGAAAUAACAGAUUUUGUGUAGAAUUGCCAGUUUAUGAAACUACUCAUCUGAAUACAAAUCAUUCCAUUGCUAGUGGUUUGAUUAGUUAA